AUGUACCUCACACCUUUGCAGGUCUACGUCUUAUGAGCUAAAACAAUUGUAGCCAUUCCAUUUUAUGCGUAUUCACCGGCAUCGCGUUUUUUGUGUUUGUUAUGAAACAAAGGUGAAGGGUGACGUUUCCUGGCAACAGUAAACUUGAACGCUACCCGACAGGUCAUGGCUUCGUGCGAAAAGGUAAUACAAGAUCAGCUGCAGAAGUAUGGCUUUAAAAGAGAGGCAGACCUCAGCGAGCUGUAUCUUGCAAACAAAGGUCUAAUAGAUGUCACUGAUCUCUCGAGAUUUCAGAUGUUGAAAUACUUAUGGCUAAAUAACAAUAAGAUUAAAAAAGUACACUGCUUGAACUACAUCUAUCGGCUAACUGAACUGUACCUCCACAACAAUGAUCUUACCAAUAUUACAGGUUCUUUGAGCCAUUUGAAAUCCCUGCAGGUUCUGAUGCUUCACAACAACCAGUUGACAAAGCUGGUUGGCACUGUGUCAGAACUCAAGGGGAUGCAAUUUCUGAAGACACUAAGUUUAUUCUUAAAUCCUUUGGCACAAGAUUCAGGAUACCGUCUCUAUGUCAUUCAUUAUGUGCCAUCUCUGCAUUUGCUUGACAGAAGAGAAGUAAAGCAAGAAGAGAGAAAUGCUGCUUUCAGCCUGUACAAUGCUGAGCGGGCCUGUGUCCUUAAAUCAUUAGCAUUUGGAAGGCGGGUAAAAGCACCCCUGCUAGCAAAAGCCAGAGCUCCAGCAAUAAGGUCCCUCACUUACUGUGAUAAAUCUGGCUUGAGAAGAAACCAAAAAAAAGUUCCAUUACAGGACCCAGAUGCGGCUGUGCUGAACAGGGCCAUGCAAAGGUCACUGAUGCAGUACUCCUCCAUUGACUGGAACACAAUACCUUCAUCAGAGCAGAAACGCCUGGAGGAUCAACCUUCUGAAUCACCUAAGAUAAUCACUGUUAAAUUCAGAUGAUAUGUUCACAAACAUACCCCAAUCCUACCCCUUACUGCAGGCAUGUCACCCAAUCGUUACUACUAACUGAAUAAAAAAACUUGAAAUGUG